ACACAUCAUCUCUCUCCACAACAAACCUAAUCUCUCUCUCUUUAUAAAAAAUACCAUUUCCCAUCUGUAUCUUCUUGAUUCGUCUCUCUACACAGAAAGAUCAAACCAUUUUAGUCUUCCUGUUUUUCUCUGUUCUCUGUUCUUGUCUAGAUUAAAACCUUCUAUAGGAAAGUUUCAGUGGUUGGAUAAGUCAUGAUGAUGGGAAAAGAAGAUCUAGGUUUGAGCCUAAGCUUAGGACUUUCACAAGAUCAUACACCUCUUCAACUGAGUCAGAAUCCUAGCUCCAACAAUCUCCAUAGAUUUCCAUGGAACCAAACAUUCGCCUCUAAACCAGAUCUUGGCAAAAUAGACGUGAACAGUCUUCCAUCAACGGUGGACUGCGAGGAGGAAGCAGGAGUGUCGUCUCCUAACAGUACGAUCUCGAGCACCAUAAGCGGUGGGAAGAGGAGUGAGAGAGAAGGAAUCUCUGACCACGAUGACAUCACUCCGGAUAGAGGCUACUCACGUGGAACCUCCGACGAAGAAGAAGACGGCGGAGAAACGUCGAGGAAGAAGCUCCGUUUAUCUAAAGAUCAGUCUGCUUUUCUUGAAGAGACUUUUAAAGAACACAACACUCUCAAUCCCAAACAGAAGCUAGCUUUGGCCAAGAAGUUGAACCUGACAGCAAGACAAGUGGAGGUGUGGUUUCAGAACAGAAGAGCAAGAACCAAAUUAAAGCAAACGGAGGUGGAUUGUGAAUACUUAAAACGAUGCGUAGAGAAACUAACGGAGGAGAAUAGGCGACUUCAGAAAGAAGCUAUGGAGCUUCGAACUCUCAAGCUGUCUCCACAGUUCUACGGUCAAAUGACUCCACCAACUACACUCAUCAUGUGUCCGUCGUGUGAGCGUGUGGCUGGGCCAUCAUCAAACCAUCAACACACUCACCGGCCCGUUCCGGUUAACCCGUGGGUUGCUUGUGCUGGUCAAGUGGCUCAUGGGCUGAAUUUUGAGGCCUUGCGUCCACGAUCGUGAGAGGAAGGGUGUUUUGUUGAUUUUUAGUUGUUGUGUUGGUUUGGUAUUAAUAUGGCUGUGUGGGGUUCAUUGUAGUUUUGGAUGAUAAGCCUUCCUAAGUUUAUGUGCUAUGUAUGAUGUAACCUUCGUAUACAUAUAAAUUAGCAAAGUUUAGUUACAAUAUUAACCAAAUUAUGAAGCUAUCUACUUUAACUAGUUUGAUGUAAAAUAAAAACUAGCUUCCUAUAUGUUUUGACGAGCUGAGAAGCUUAAUUGCAAUUUUCG